GAUGUCUACACCUCUACCUGAAGAAGAUCUCGUCCCCAACGUUCCUUUAGUAUUCGUCUCAAAUUCUUAUCUGGACGACCUUACAACCAAUAUACGUACACGACCAAUUCCGUGGGAGGGAUACCAAAAAGCGGAAUUAAUAACCCAAGAAGAACUUGAACUCUUAAAACGUGUAGACAACCAAAGCCGCGAACAAGUUCGAUCGGUGAUGCAAAAGGGCUCGCAAAAAUAUGCGGAAUUAUAUUUAAAUCUCUUGGAAAAGUUGAACCGUGUUGAUACAGUACAAUAUGUAUUGGUAUUAGUCAGCGACAUGCUCUUUGACGAUGAACAGCGAGUGUCAUUCUAUCAUAACCUUUCCGCACAAAAUCCAGAGCUUCCUUAUCACCCAUUUCUGAG